UUCACUAUUUGCUGUGCUCAGAUCUUGCUGCAGCAGAUAUAAUGAACCAUCUCUCAUCCUCUUGCUUUUGAAGCAAAACCUUUUCUCCUUUUAUUUGCCCCAGUUGUUUCCUCUCAUACCCAAGAGAAAAAAGCUAACAGAGAAAGGGAAAGAGGGCAGCAAAAAAAUAGACCCUCCCCACCAACUGUAGCAGCUACACAGACAGAGGUAGCAAGGUGGGCAGGGAGAGAUCCCAUUUUGCUACCUAUAUACCUAUAUCUCCCACUCCCUCUUCUUACCCCUGGCUUGCAGAAACCACGAAGACUGCAGGUGGAAUGAGAAAGAGAUAGAAGAGAAAGCCAGCCUUGCUCCUGGAUUUAAAUUCUGGAUUUAAUCCCUGUGUUUUUGAAUUGAUGUUAGAGAAAAAAGAGAGGAUUAGCACCUCUGUCUCUUUAUACCCGAUUUCAUCAUCUCCUCUCCGCUGUUUUGGGGAAUACAUCUUUUCUUUUCUCUUUUUCAUGCAGGAAGAAUGCCCUAUAAUAUUUUUGAUAGCUGGAUUUUUAAUUUUCCUUUGAGGGGGGUGCAGGAUUUUGCAGCCCAUCCUCACCCCCUCCCCUCCAUGGUCCAGGUGGAAAUGUUGAGUCAGGGGAGAGAGAGCUGGAUUGGAGCAAGUCUUUCAUAUUUGGCUACCCUUCUGCUAGUCUGCUCUGCACAAAGGUCUCUCAGAAAACACAUCAUGGCACGGGGGCAAGAAGAUAUCUCAUUACUGUCCCUUGUUGCAUUAGGAAUUCUUCUGCGUAUGUGCCUGCUGCCUGCUGGGAAAGGGCUGUCCGCAAAACAUGCCCCAGAGGUUGUGGAUGACAGCAGAGACAAUAUAACCAUAUUCACAAGGAUCCUGGACAGGCUGCUGGAUGGAUAUGAUAACCGGCUUAGACCUGGUUUAGGAGAUUCUGUGACUGAAGUAAAAACAGAUAUCUAUGUCACCAGCUUUGGACCUGUGUCAGACACAGAUAUGGAAUAUACUAUUGAUGUAUUCUUCAGACAGAGUUGGCUGGAUGAGAGACUAAAAUUUGAUGGUCCAAUAAGGACGCUGCCAUUAAAUAAUCUACUUGCCAGCAAAAUCUGGACUCCCGAUACCUUUUUCCAUAAUGGGAAAAAAUCAGUUGCUCAUAACAUGACCACACCUAACAAAUUACUGCGACUUAUUGACAAUGGCACUCUGCUCUAUACGAUGAGGCUCACAAUACAUGCAGAGUGUACAAUGCAUCUUGAAGACUUCCCUAUGGAUGUUCACGCCUGUCCCCUGAAAUUUGGAAGUUAUGCGUACCCCAAGACAGAGGUUGUUUAUUCCUGGACUAACGGCUCUAACAAAUCUGUAGCUGUUGCACCUGAUGGCUCUCGGCUCAAUCAAUAUGACCUGUUGGGUGUGGCAGUGGGGACUGAGACAAUCCGCUCCAGCACAGGUGAAUAUAUUGUUAUGACAACUCACUUUCAUCUGAAGCGUAAGAUCGGUUAUUUUGUAAUCCAGACGUACCUACCAUGUAUUAUGACCGUCAUUCUGUCACAAGUCUCUUUCUGGUUAAAUCGGGAAUCUGUUCCAGCUAGGACUGUCUUUGGAGUAACCACUGUGCUGACAAUGACAACCCUGAGUAUUAGUGCCAGAAAUUCCCUUCCCAAAGUUGCAUAUGCCACAGCAAUGGACUGGUUUAUGGCAGUGUGCUAUGCUUUUGUGUUCUCUGCACUCAUCGAAUUUGCUACUGUCAAUUAUUUCACCAAAAGAGGCUGGGCCUGGGAUGGCAAAAGAGGGCAAGAAGGGCAAGACUUCAAGAAGAAGGAGCCAAUAAUUCUCGCAAAGAAGUCGAAUACGACGUAUAAUAUAGUGGGGACGACGUACACCCUGAAUAUCAAGGAACCCGCUCUUGCUACCAUUGCCAAAAGUGCGGCCCUCCAGCCUCCGCCGCCCCCCCUGUCACCACGGCACCUGGAGCACAAACCUAUGGAGUGCAAGAAGACCUAUAACAGCGUCAGCCGCAUCGACAAGAUAUCUCGUAUUGUCUUCCCUGUCUUGUUUGCCAUCUUUAAUCUGGUGUAUUGGGCUACCUAUGUCAACCGUGAAUCUGCUAUCAAAGGCAUAAUCCCAAAAUAAGUAUACCAUUGCCUUCUCCCUUCACCACUUAAUUUUGUGGAACCGCUCGCCUCCUUUCCCAGACACCCUGGUACUGGAGGGGGCAAAACCACUUUUUUUGGUUGUGAAUUUUUUUAUUGCCCUUUCCCUUUGCUCACUGUGAAUUUGCCCCAGAGGGGUGGUUAUGUAGUUGAUUUGUGUGUAAGUGUUCAUUUUUAAAGUAAUUGUUUUGUAUAGUUGCACUAAGUGACUGAAAAUGUGUAUUUCAAAAUGCCCAGGACAAGCGAAAAUAUAUGGACACGAGGAAAAGGCUACAUACACCCAGACAUGUUCUACAGGUACAAUAUGCACACAUGUUCCUGCUAACCUUUCUUCUAACACUGCCGUUAGUGCUCGCGCUCUAUUUAUGCCACUUGAUAGAUUCAUAGUAUCUAAUGUUAAUAUAAAAUAUAAUUCCACCAAGUUCAGCCUUUUAAAACACGCUACAAAUUGAUCCAGAGGAAAGCAGGACAGCUGCCAUUAACCAUGUUGGGUGGCGUUGAAAAUUGCCCCGUUGUACUCAAUGCUACAUACAUUUGUUACAAAAACUAAUAGUGCUACCAGUAGAAGCAAUGGUUUCACUGCUGUAAGUCUUAGCUAACUGGGCAUCAUAUUACUGCCUCUGUCUGAUUGCAUUGCACUUUACAUGUUAAUGGGGUUUAUUUGCCCAAAAAUAGGCCAAAAAGGCACAACAUGCAGAAAAGGCAGUCAGACAUUCGUUUCCUUUUAUCCAAGUGGCCCUAGACCAAUACAAGUUGGUCUGAGUUAACUUUUAGUAUGAUGUAGAGAGUGAUAUUCUGAGACAAUUUGCAAUUGGUCAUUUGUAGUUUUUUAGCUUUAUCACUUUUUAUUCAGCAGCUCUUCGGUUUGGAGUUACAGCACGUAUCUGGUUGCUAUGGCCAAAUUACCUUAGUAACCAGGGAGUGGUUUGAAUGAGAGGCUGGUGUAUGAAUAGGAGAG